AAUUAUGAGAGGCUCUCAAUUCCUCCAACUAUUUUCAUUCAUCAUCCUCAUCCUCAUCCUCGUACUUUGUCUCCCCAUUCGGACACUCUGUGUAGGUGAUGAUCCUUGUAAAGAAGCGUUCUGUGGACAAGGAACGUGUGUGCCCCCAACCUCGGGUACCAAUUAUACUUGCACGUGCAAGCUUGGAUGGAAGCAUGGUUUUGAUGCACGUGCUUGUAUUUUACCAAUUUGCACUAUAGACUUCGAGUGCGGGAACAAUGCGCCGCCGCCGCCACCGCCGCCACCGCCGCCUGGUUUAACAAUUCCACCAUUUCUUGAUCCCUCGAGCGCAUGCUUUUUGGUAUGGUGCAACGAGGGUACGUGUGUUGCUAAUGGAACGAAGCAUACAUGUGUAUGCAACAAUGGGUCUAGCAAUUUCCUCAACCUCCCUGAAUAUCCAUGCUUCAAGACAUGUAGCAUCGGACUAGACUGUAAUAGCCCGCCGGCACCGCCACCACCACCAAAUGGAUCGGAUAAAAUUUGGAAGAGAUGGAGCAAUAUUGUGGUUUCAUUAUCUACAAUCAUUUUGGCGUGGAUCAUGCAUGAAUGAAAAGAUCAGAUUUAUUGUGAUGCUGUCUCAUAUAUUAAGAU